ACAGUGUUGUGUGCACAGUUUGGGACUAGAAGAACAGUUGUGGUAUAUAGAUGUUGAUUGUUGUUAAUAAAACAAUUAAAACCGAGAAGAGUUAAAGGACACGCUCAUCGGACUAACUGACGCAUAUGUGGGACGAGUGAGUCCGGAUGUUAAUGAGGUAUUGGGUCGGUCCCCCUAUAAAAACGAGACGCGCCCACUGCUCUGCUCUGUCUCCAUUCAAGCCAAGAUGAGCUACGGAUCUGAAGCCUUCUCCUCCUCCUCCUACAGGAAGAUUUUCGGGGAUUCUCCCCGUUAUGCCUCCUCUCCGUCACGGGCACCGAUGAACGUGUCCUCGCGGGGAGGUUACCGGUCCUCCUCUGUAUCCCGGAGCAACGUUUCAUCCGUCGGCGCGUACAACAGAAAGUCCGGCCGCCUAAUGCCGCUGGAGACCUUCGACCUGACACAGAGCAGCGUCCUCAACAAUGAGUUCAAAAUUGUCCGCACCAAUGAGAAGGAACAGAUGCAGGGGCUCAAUGACCGCUUCGCAGUGUUCAUCGACAAAGUGCGCAACUUGGAGCAGCACAACAAAGUGCUAGAGACGGAGUUGAGCGCCCUGCGCCAGCGGCAGGCCGAGCCGUCCCGCCUGGCCGAGCUCUACCAACAAGAGAUCCGCGAACUGCGCUCGCAGCUCGAAGAGCUGAACGGGGAGAAGUCCCAGCUCGUCAUCGAGAGGGAUUGUAUUGAAGACGACCUGCAGAAGUUAAGGGGUAAAUACGAAGAGGAGUACCGUGCCCGGGAGGACGCGGAGGUCACCCUCAAGGCCUUUAAGAAAGAUGUGGACGACGCCACCAUGGUGCGCCUGGACUUGGAGAAGAAGGUGGAAUCUCUGCUGGACGAGAUCAACUUCCUCAGGAAGGUGCACGAGGAGGAGGUGGUCGAGUUGACUGAAAUGAUCCACGCCGCCCAGGUGUCUGUGGAGAUGGAGGUGUCCAAGCCAGAUCUCACCUCGGCCCUCAAGGAGAUUCGAGGCCAAUACGAGUCCAUGGCGUCCAAGAACCUGCACUCCGCCGAGGAGUGGUACAAGACCAAGUUCGCCGACCUGUCCGAUCAGGCCACCCGGAGUAAUGAUGCCAUCCGCGCCAGCAGGGAGGAACUGAGCGAGUUCAGGAGGCAGUUGCAGUCGAAGACGAUCGAGACAGAGAGUCUGAGGGGAACCAACGAGUCUCUGGAAAAGCAGCUGCGGGAGAUGGAGGAGAGGCACAACAUGGAGAUUGGAAAUUACCAGGACAACAUGCUAGAGCUGGAGAAUGACCUGAGGGCCACUAAGAGUGAGAUGGCUUGUCACCUGAGGGAGUACCAGGACCUGCUGAAUGUCAAGAUGGCACUGGAUAUUGAAAUAGCAGCUUACAGAAAACUACUGGAAGGGGAGGAAACCCGCAUCGGGACAGGGAUAGGCUAUCCUGGCUCCUCCAUGAGCGCAGGCCUUGGGCAAGGCUACAACUACCAGAGCCGUAUAUACACCAGCCCCAGCAAGAGCUACAAGAGGGAGGUAAAGGAGGAGGACCAGCAGCAGCAGAGCAAGUCUGGAGCCAAGGUGUCCCAGCGUGAAGUUUACGAGGAGACCGUGGUCACCACCACCAAGAAGAUGGAGAAGCAGCAAGACCCCAGCGACAUUUCAACCAAUCAGAAAAUCUAAGGGCCGACUGUAAGCUUGUUUUUCACCUUUUACCCUGCAAACCCAUACCACUUUUCAUUUCCCAAGCUAAAAUAAAUCCUGAGCCUUUACAUUUCAACACUAGUGGGGAUCUCAGAUGAUGACUUUGCCUCCAUAUGACCAGCAUACUAAGAUCAUCCUGGUUUCCAUCUGCACUUUUGUGUGUUGGAUGUCCACAGAUGUGUAGAAUUUGGGAUCUAUAUGUUGGUUUUGGGUGUCGUUUUCUCUCCCUGUCCUUUAUCACCCACGUGUGUUCCUCAAAGGAAAACAAUGGUAACUCUUCUGUUACCACCAUUCUUCACAACAACAAACAGUACAUCAGCACUCUGUCUUUCUCCGUCACACACUCAACAUCAAACAAUAACAAGCACUUAUCGUAGGUAGCAUAUUUUACAGAAAUGCAGCCCUUUAAAAUAUAGUAAUAGGCUGGUCUGUCACACUUUGGGCUGAUGUUACUUUAAUAUGUGAUACUUAAACACGUAAAUAAUGACUGGUCAUUCACUACAACCACAAACUGUGAAAUACUCUCAACACAUUCCAAUGAAAGCACGUGUGCGCAUCCACUUAUAUGAUACAAACAAUUCAGUGAGGAAGCACACAGUCUACAGCCAAGAUAAACAUGUUACAUGACAGUAUGUUAAGCCAUUAGAGAAUUGAAAAAAGGAAACGUUUAAAUCAAGCAUAAUUUGCAUGGUGUAUGUAGAUGUCCUGCUUGCAUGGAAUCCAUCGGCCGUUGCUCACCAUCUACCGUGCUGAGCAUCAUCACGCACAACUCUCAUAAAUAACUUUAAUAGACAUGUAAGCCAAUAGAAUGUGAUUUGGGUAGAACUCCAUGCUAUGAGUAUAAUGACAAAAAAAAAUCCAAUUUAAUGCACAAAACAACCAAACUUGGUAAACAGUUUGCACAAUAUGUUAUGAAGGAUGGAGGGAACAGGGAAGCAAAGAUGGUGCAAAGGAGGUAAAAUGCAGCUACCAAAUUCAGUCAGAAGCCGCUACACCACCACAUGUUUGAAACAACAAGUUUUCGGUUUAUAACCGUGGCCGUGGCUGGACAAAAUGUCUGCCGUACCUCCCCACUAGAAGUCUCGCAGUAUGAGAGUCGUGUAGCUUGUGUGUUUCUAAGUUAUUCUCCUGCUGAUGAUCACGGCGACCCUCAUCCUGACAAACUGCACAAAGGUUAAAAACAAAAAACUACUGAUUGCACGGCACACUGGUGCGGAUUGGGUUUCUGUUGUUAUACUUGAGGCUUGUGAUAGUAUGUUAGUGCUGUAGUGAGUGUUUCUGUGUCUCUACACAGUGGCCUAUCAUAAUUAAGUAGAGGGCAGCGAACCUGUAAGUUGGGCAUUUUGUUUUCUGAAUCAGUGAAUUCCAGUGUAAAGCAGAAUAAAUGUACAAGAAGUUUAAAUAUAAGCUGCAUUUUGUAAUACACAGCUGUAACAGUCGAUGAAUGGUUCUUUUUUCUUUCUUCUUUAUCUUUAAACAGUAGACCAAAAUCGUCAUUCAUUUGUGUCUGAAGAGGUAAAGUUCACUUUUACUUGCUCUACUGCCAAACUUUAAGUGCACAUGCAACAUCCCUUCAGGGAAAAAAACUUUAAGCAUUUCUUCUGAAAACCCGGUAUGUCACAAAUAUAAAAUACACCAAUUAAGAUUUAGCCACAGAACAAAUAACAGUAGGAUGUAAAAUGCCUUAAAACACCAGCAGCUUUCUUUCUUGCCAUAUGUGUGAUGUGUGUGAUUCUGUUCAGUGGAAUGUGUAAGCAUUAUUAUCUCAUUAUUAGAGCUACCAUGACAACAAAAGCAUAGGAAUUGAAUGUGGUUAAUAUGGUAUUUUGUUUGAUGUUAUUCUCAUGUAUUGCUGUAUGACACCAUAUAAUAAAGACUCAAUAAAGACAUGAAAUUACUGAGGCUA